AUGACCAACUCCGACACAAGAGACGUGGAAGGCACAGUGCAGCAGGUGCUGCGCUGCGCUGCAGCAGGAGCGGAUUUGGUGCGGCUGACAGUGCAGGGGGCGAAGGAGGCAGCAGCAAGUGCUGCUAUUGUUAGCCGACUAAGAGAACUGGGGUGCUGGGUGCCGCUGGUCGCAGACAUUCACUUCCAGCCGCGAGUUGCUUCUCUUUGCGUUUCUGUCUUCGACAAAAUUCGAAUUAAUCCUGGAAACUUCGUGGAUGGCCGGAAGGUGUGGGAAGAAGCAGCAGCAGCAAACCCAGCAGCAGCAAAAAGAGAAGCACAAAAGGAAAUUGUUAUUCCCCACAGUCCGUCCAACAAUGCUUCUCAGCAACACGCACAGGCGCAGACGCCCCAGGGUCCAGAAGCAGCAGCAGCAGCAGCUGCAGCAGCUGCUGCUGCUGCAGAGGCCGCAGGGGGAAGCAGCUUGUCGCUUUCUGCUGCGAGUUUGGGGCCUCUGCUGGGCCCCUGGGGCUGCUCCGAAGGCCUCUUUGAGCUGCUGCCAAUGGCAGAAAGAAAUAAAUUCAAAGAAGGAAAUGAAAAGAUCCGGGAGAAGUUUAUUCCGUUGGUGUUGGAGUGUCUGGAGAGCCGGCGGGCGUUGCGGAUCGGGGUGAACCACGGCUCGCUCUCCGCACGCAUGCUCCGCGCCUUCGGAGAUACUCCUUUAGGAUUAGUUUUAUCUGCUUUUGAGUUUGGAGACAUUUGCAUUCAAAACAACUUCUUCAACUUUCUCUUUUCUCUCAAAAGCAGCAGCACUUUUGUCAUGCAGCAAACUUACAAACUCAUGGCAGCUCUUAUGAGCAGCAGAAAUUCUCUCUUUCCCCUUCACUUGGGAGUUACAGAGGCGGGAGAAGGGGAAGACGGGCGUUUGAAGUCUGCUGCUGGGAUCGGCUGUCUCCUCCAAGACGGGAUCGGAGACACCAUAAGAGUGUCUUUGACAGAAGACCCUUGGGCUGAGUUGCCAGUCUGCAGAUAUCUCAGAAAGCUGCAGAACUACAAGCUGCAGCAGCAGCAGCAGCAGCAGCAGCAGCAGCAGCAGGGGCAGCGGGGGCGGGAGCAGCAGCAGCGGGAGCAGCUGCGGGAGGGGCGCGGCGCCGAUGCGGCUGCGGGGCGUUUUGCUGCUGUGGAUGCUGCUGCAGCAGCGGACCCAGCAACAGCAGCAGCAGCGCAAAUAGCAGCAGCAGCAGAUGCAGCAGCAGACGCAGCAGCAGCAGCAGCAGACGCCAUUCCACCUUUUAAGGAAACCUUCCGCGACUUCGCCUCCAUCACGCGGCGAAAGCUGCGGCUCAUUCCCCCAGCAGCAGCACCAGCAGCAGCAGCAGCAGCACCGGCUGCAGCAGCAGCAAAAUCAGCUGCAGCUGCAGCAGCAGCAGCACCUGCUGCUUCUAUUCUGCACCGCGAUGGCUCAGUGGUGGUGGCAGUAAGCCCUCAGGAUCUGGUGGACUCUAGCUGUCUGUACACCUCACUAGGGCUGCGGCUCGUCAAAGGCCUUCCUUUCAAAACGCAAAUGAGCGCUGAUGGAAUUUAUUUGGAGACUCUUUUCUUUCCCCAGCAGCAGCAGCAGCAGCGGCUGCAGCUGCUGCAGCAGCUGCGGGCGCGGCAGACGGUUAAGGAGCUGCUGCAUGCGGGGGUUAGCGUGUGGGCCCCAGCAGCAGAUAUUCAGCAGGUGCAGAUGGCGCAGGAGCAGCUGCAGCAGCAGCAGCAGCAGCUGCAGCAGCAGCUGCAGCAGCUGCGGCAGCAGCAGCAGCAGCUGCAGCAACUGCGGCAGCAGCAGCAGCCGCCGCACCAGCAGCAGCAGGAGCAGCAGCAGCUGGAGCAAUACCAGCAGCAGCUGGAGCAGCAGGAGCAGCAGCUGCAGCAGCAGCAGCAGCAGCAGCUGGAAGCUGCUUCUUUGUACUGGCCAGGCCUUGUUGCUGUGCAGAGACUCAGCGAUGCUGCUGCUGUGGGGCCCCACAUCUCAGGGGCCUAUUUAAAAGAGACAGCAGCAGCAGCAUUUGUUGCUGAUGGCACGGAGACACUUCAGGAAAUGGAAGCAGUCGUCAACAGACCCAAUGCUCUGUGUCUCCUCAUUAAGCCAAAGCAUGCAGCAGCAAAUGGAGUAGCAGCAGCAAGAAGGAUUUAUCAACUCUUAAGAGAAGCAGAAUUCAAUCUUUUCAAAAGGGCCCAAGGGGGCCCCCCGGGGGCCCCCGUAGGGGGCCCCCUAGGGGCCCCAGAAGGGGCCCCAGAAGGGGCCCCCCAGGGGGCCCCCAUAGUAGAGGGUGUGGGGGCCCCCCAGGGGGCCCCUCAGGGGCCCCCUGGGGGGCCCCUUGGGGGGCCCCUGGGGGGGCCCCCUGAGGGGCCCUUUGAGGGGCCCCCUGGGGGUUCUUUGCCAAUUUUGCUGUGGCUAGAGGGGCCCCCCAAAGAGCUGCAAGGAAAUGGAAAGGAGAAAAAUGAGAAAGAAGGAAAUGAAGAAGUGUCUCCGUCUGAUGCUCUGUCUCUGUUUUGGGGGUGGAAUGUGGGGCCUUUGCUGCUGGAGGGUCUGAGCGAGGGCCUGCUGCUGCAGCCGCAGCAGCAGCCGCAGCAGCAGCAGCAGCAGCAGCAGCAGCAAAUGUCAAUUCUUGAAAGGACACAAAAGGGCCUCGGGCUGCUGCAGGCCUGCCGCCUCCGCAGCAGCAAAACAGAAUUUAUUUCCUGUCCUUCUUGUGGCCGCACUUUGUUUGAUAUUCAACAAGUAGCAGCGGAAAUCAAAAAGCAUUUGGGCCAUUUGCCCGGAGUUAAAAUUGCUGUCAUGGGGUGUAUAGUCAACGGCAUUGGAGAAAUGGGAGACGCAGACUUCGGAUAUGUUGGAGGGGCUCCUGGACUCGUGGAUUUGUAUGUGGGCAAACGGCUGGCGCGGCGGGGCGUGAAGAGCGCGGAGGCGUGCGAGGCGUUGAUAGAGUUGAUAAAGAAGGAAGGGAGGUGGAAAGAAAAGGAAUAA